CUCAAUUGCACAAGCCCUAGAAGGCAAGAAACUCAAAUUGUUUAUUCAUAAAAUCAUAAUUAUGGAAUCAAUGAAGCCGAAUAUCCACAGCACAAUGUCAAACCCAGCCAUGCAUCCAUCAUCAAACCAUUGACUUUUACUCCUUCAACACCCCACUUGAAUUGCUGUUGAUGAGCCUAAUUAGCUGUCUCUCAAGCUUUAAACUUCAUAAUACUCACGUCCUUAAUCCCUAAUUGUUUAAUCAUACCCACUUUCCCUCCUUGCACAACACUAUAAAAUCUCCCCUAAAUUUCCCCUUUUUCCCUAAACUUCUUCAAUCAAUAAACAAUCAAAUUGGGGUUUCUGUGAUUUCAUUUUGGGAAUUUUAGUAAAUUAAUGGAAUUGCAAGAUUUGGGUAUUGUAAAUUGUGGGAAAUGGAUCAAACGCCCAGAAAAUAUGAAUUUGGUGGUUUUGGGAAAGUCUUAUAAAUCCUCUUCUGCUAAAUCAAAACUUGAGAUUUUCUCAUUUGACCCUAUUUCCUCUUCUCUUUCUCCUUCUUCAUUGAUUGCACAAGAAAUUGAAGAUGGAGAGAUUAUUAGCAUUGCAGUGCAUCCAAACGGGGAUCAAAUCAUGUGUGCUACUACCUCUGGUGACUGCAAAUUAUUUGAAAUAUGUGUACAAGAUACAACUAUGAAGCUUUUAGCUAGAGAAGCACCAUCUUUAGAAGGUGUUGGUCAGCAAAACUGUGUAGCCUUUAGCGUCGAUGGAUGCAAACUUGGUAUUGGUGGUGAGGAUGGGCGUCUCAGAAUCUUUGAAUGGCCUAGCAUGCGAAUGAUUCUUGAUGAACCAAAUGCCCACAAGUCCGUUCGAGAUAUGGAUUUCAGUCUAGACUCCGAGUUCUUAGCCUCAACGUCUACCGAUGGUUCUGCAAGAGUUUGGAAUGCAAAUGAAGGAGUUCUUGUGGCAACCUUGAAGCGCAAUGCGGACGAAAAGAUUGAAUUAUGCUGUUUCUCGAAGGAUGGAACAAAACCAUUUGUGUUUUGCACUGUUCAAAGAGCAAGGCUUAAACCAAUUACCGUUGUAUGGGACAUGAGUACAUGGAAUAGGAUUGGGUAUAAGGUACUGCUUCCAAAGCCUGCUUCAGUAAUAUCCACCAGCCCAGAUGGAAAAUAUCUUGCCUUGGGAAGUAGAGAUGGUGAUAUCUGCGUAGUUGAAGUGAAAUCGAUGCGGAUCAGUCACUGGAGUAAGAGGCUGCAUCCGGGUACAUCUGUCGCAGCUCUAGAGUUUUGUCCUAGUGAAAGGGUUGUUCUUACAACUACCAAAGAAUGGGGAGCUAAAGUGACAAAGCUAACAGUACCCGCAGACUGGAAAGAAUGGCAGAUCUACGCGCUCCUUCUUGUUUUGCUUUUGGCUUCUGCAAUCGCCUUUUACAUUUUCUACGUGAUGUCUGAUUCGUUUUGGCAGCUCCCGGGAACAAAUCAUUCCCCUAGAUUGAAUUUCGAUACUCUUCUUGGUGAUCCACAAUCGUCCGAGGAUCCAUUUGGCCUUUUAGAUUUGUAAUUCUCAAUCCGAUUUGCGUAGAUCCUUUGAAGGUGUAGCCACGUGGAACUUAUAUUUGGCUGUUAGAUGAUGAAAUUACAGAUUAAAUUGUGAAAUAUAAUUUGGCAAGGGACUAAAUGGAUAUUUCAUUGAUAUGGUGUACAAUAUAUGUUUUUCUUCUUUCCAUUUAUCCAAUGUUUUCCUUGGAGGCUUGGACUGAAAUAUAUUUAGUUUAUGAAUUGGUGUGACAUACAAAUUUUUGUUACUGCAUUUAAUGAAUCAAUAUUUUUACUUAUUUU